CACUUGCUAUAAUAAGACAGUGAUCUAACCAGGGCAAAAAAGAAGGUUCACAGUGUGUCUGAUGUGGGCUCACAUAAGCAGUUCUACCUCGGAACGGGAUACAUCAUCUAAGCUUGCAUAAAGACGAACACAGGAUUUUAAAUUGGGUGGACACUAUUAAUAUCAUCAUGCCUGUGCCAUACACUGACGUACACAAGAAAGAGCAACAGGAGUUGUGCUUAGACACAGAUGGAGGUAAAUCAGCUUGUUUGAACCUGGGAAAGAAGAUCAGUGUUCCUCAGGAUCUGAUGAUGGAGGAGCUCAAUCUGCUGUCCAACAGAGGAUCUAUAAUGUUUCACGAGAGACUCAAAAGAGUGGAGAGGUUCACCUUGGAGAAUAUAGCACAGAGACACCUCAAUCACUUAGAGGAAACACUUCAAGGCCAGAAUGCCACACAAGGAGAGAAAGGAAGUGAUUGCUUCACCUCUGAAGUUUACAUCAACCAGCCUGGAAAGAACAGCUUAGUCACCACACUAAAGCACACGGUUGCUAAGAAAGGAAACCCAUGUGUGCUUGCACCUGGUUAUGGGGGGCCUCUGAAAGAGGUUCCUCCUGAGAAGUUCAAUGUCACUGUGAUCCCCAAGUCUUACCAAUCACCCUGGGAGGAAAAACCCAUUGACAGUGAGACGCUGUUGGCUAACAUCAGUACCCAUCUGCCUGAGCCACCUUUUAAACUCACCCCAGCCAACUACAAAUGCUUCAACAGAGCUCCUACACCGUUUGGUGGGACGGCAGGUACUGUGAGGACUCUGCCGCUACCUGGCUUUGAGAUGCUGCAGGCUCACACAGAGCCACACCUGACCUGGGACACGAUGUGCCAUCGGCCCAAUUUCAACCGUACUCCACGGGGCUGGGGCACUCAGCACGGUGCAGAGUCUCCUGAUAUGUGAACCUGGCAUACUCAACGAUUUUGGCAAACUACAACUGAAGGCUGAAUUUAUGACAAAUGCCUAAACUGCUACUGUGAAUUGUGAGCUGAGCUGAGCCAUUUUGAGCCAUCAAAUACCAAUUGAAAGUUUACAUACAUUGUCUAUUAACAUGCUAUAAUAAUGUUUACAUAAUUGUUCACACAAUAUUUAAAAAUGUGAAGCUUUAAUGUAACCACAAACCAGACAGCUGUACACUUAAAGAAAAGUCUUAAAAAUAA